GUCCAAAGAAAGACAUUUUCGAAGUUAGGUUGUCAGUUGUGUUUGUUGACCAGAAGUUGCAUCAAUAUUAGAAAGCACUUCAUCUCACCAAAUUAGAUCAAUUUAGUUUUUGUGCACAUAGAAGUUGACAAAUCAUCACUAUUUUAAUAAGAAUAAACAAAGUGUGACUAAAAAAAAAAUGCUACUGAAAUUUGGAUUAGCUGUGUUGUUUCUUUCAUCCUUCACUCUUGGAGAAGAUUUCUAUGAGCUGCUAGGAAUUGGUAAAGAUGCUGAUAAUCGAGAAAUUCGGAAAGCUUUUAAAAAAUUGGCUCUCAAGCUUCAUCCUGACAAGAAUAAGGAUGACCCUUCAGCUGAGGAAAAAUUUGUUCAGUUAAAUAAAGCAUACGAAGUUUUAAAAGAUGAAGAAACUAGAAAGAAAUAUGACCUCUAUGGAGAAGAGGGACUAAAGGAUGAUUUUGGUCAUGGGUGGCGGGGAAAAUAUCACAGCUGGAAUUACUAUUAUGAAAGCUUUGGGAUUUAUGAUGAUGAUCCAACUAUUAUAACACUAAGUAAAAGUGACUUUGAUCAGUCAGUUGUGGGAUCGCAAGACACGUGGUUCAUCAAUUUUUACUCUCCUCAAUGUUCUCAUUGUCACCACUUGGCUCCUGCUUGGCGUGAACUAGCUCGUGAACUGGAAGGUGUAAUUCGAAUUGGAGCUGUAAACUGCGAAGAAGACUGGGGUCUGUGUCGAAAACAAGGAAUUCAUUCUUAUCCUUCUUUACUUAUUUUUCCUAGGAGGGAAAAGUAUAAUGGUGCUAGGGAUGCAGAAGCUAUGGUUGAGUAUGUUCUUCAGACAAUUCCCGAUACUUCAGUUGACUUGACCAAUGAAAACUAUGUAGAAAUGGUGGAACAAAAUUCCCAUCGAAGCAGUUACUGGCUAAUUAUUCUGUGUAGUCAAGAAGAGAUUUGUGUCUUCAAAGAUGUUAGGAAGAAACUGUCCAUAAUGCUGGAAAAUCUGGUAAAUGUGGGUGAAGUUGACUGCACCAAUGAGAAGAAGCUUUGUAAAAAACUAGGUGGGAAGUCAGGUGUAUUUUUAUUUGAAGACCUUCUGAAUUUUAAUGAUAAGAAAAAGUACCAUCAAUUGGAAGGUCAAGAAACCAAAGAAAUUGCUCAUGCUGUCCUCCAGCUCUUACCCGGACCCAAGGAACUAACUGAUAAAGAGUUCCAGAAUGUUCUGAAAAAUUUGCAACAAAAGAUUGAUGGACCAUGGAUAGUUUAUUUUACCAAUGGUGGUAAUAGCCAGGAAGAAAUGGAUAGUUUAGAUAGAGAAAUUAAACGGCUGACUGCACUUUUACCCUCUGUCCACAUAGGUGGAGUAAACUGUCAGUCAUUUUGGUCUUCCUGUUCUCGUCUUCAUAUUCACAAAUUUCCUACAUUUGUUGCUUUUCAGCCAGGAGGAUCUUAUGAAUAUCAUCAUGGUCGUGCAACAGCUCAUGAUAUUGCUGGGUUUGCAAGAGAAAGCCUUUCUAGUCGUGUCCAUACUCUUGGCCCUAGUGAUUUUCCGGACAAGGUGAUUCAAAGUAGUGACAUCUGGUUUGUGGACUUCUAUGCUCCAUGGUGCCCACCAUGUAUGAACCUUCUUCCAGAAUUCCGUAAAGCUUCGAGAUUUGUCAGUAAAAAAGUUUAUUUUGGAACUGUAGAUUGUACAAUUCAUGGCCAUUUAUGUUCCAAGUACAACAUCAGAUCCUACCCAACCACCAUACUGUACAAUCAGAGUGUCCCACACCAGUUUCAUGGUUCCCAUUCAGCAAAAGAUAUUGUGGACUUUGUGCAGGAUACUCUCUCUCCACCUGUAAUUAGACUAACACCAGAACUGUUUUCCAGUCUGGUUGGGGAGAAAAAAGCUGAAGACAUGUGGGUAGUGGAUUUUUAUGUACCUUGGUGUGGACCUUGUCAACAGCUAUCUUCGGAAUGGCGUAAACUGGCAAAGAUGUUUUUGAAUGAUACUGCUAUUCAAAUUGGGGACGUCAACUGCCAAACAUUUCCAGAUUUCUGCAGGAAACAAGAUGUUCGCUCCUAUCCCAAUAUACGCCUAUUUCCUCGUGGUAUAAGGGGUGCCAAAUCAUUUAAUACUUAUAAUGGAUGGCAUCGUGAUGCAAUGUCUUUACGAGCUUGGAUUCAAACUUAUCUUCCGAGUUUUGUUACUGAGCUAACAGCUAAUGACUUCCUGCAGAAGGUUAUCCCUGAUAAAGAUCCUUGGCUGAUUGAUUUUUAUGCUCCCUGGUGUGGACAUUGUCAAGUGUUUGCACCUGAAUUUGAAGAUGUUGCAAAGAUACUGAAGGGAAAGGUGAAAACAGGGAAAGUAAAUUGUGAUCAUUAUCCCAGCACAUGCCACGAAGCUGGUGUUCAAGGUUACCCUACUGUUUUAUUUUUUAGGGGUAGUCAAGGUGGUAAAACUCAGAGUCCAUGGGGAGAGGAGAUUCAUAGCCUCGAUGCCAAUAAAAUAAUAGCCUACAUCAACAGAGCACUUCCCCAAGUAUUUGAGAAUAAGAAUCAGUAUGCCAGAGAUGAGCUUUGAUUUAAGUUCGUGUUUUCAACAUAUAGUUACUAUUCAUUGUAGUCAGCAUUUAAGAAUAAUUAAUUUUUUUACUCUAACUUUUUUCAUUGUUGCUACAGACAGAAAAUUGAAAGUACUUAUUUCCUGUAAUUGUUAAAAUGUGUUAUUUUGUUAAUUACUUGAACAGAAAUUGUAAAGUGUAGUACUUUUAAGUUAUAGUAAUUAUACUACAUCAAAAGCUACACUAUUUCUUUCAAAGUAAGACCAGACUUCAUGUGGUGAAUUAACAAAACUUUUUUUUCAUAUAUAUGCAUGAGCACAAUUUUGAUGUUAAUUUUUUUAUCUUUUUAUUUCUAUCACAAAUAACUGUCACCUUACUUUGUAUGCUGUUAUAAACUAUCGACAACAGUUUGAUGAUUACUAGAAAUUCUAGUACAGUUAGUACCCAAGUAUAUUAAAUAGUCUGAUUCAAGACUUAAACCACAUCUAUACACAAAGUAGGUUGUACUCUAAUUAAAUAUGAAACAUUUGUUCAAACAAAAGUCCCUCAGUGUAACAGCAGUAUAUCUUUGGAUUUACAAUGCUAAAAUCAGGGGAUCGAUUCCCCUCGGUGGACACAGCAGAUAGCCUGAUGUGACUUUGCUAUAAGAAAACACACAAGCAUUUCUUCAAACAAAAAUUUAUUCUGUGUUUAUAAUACUUAUACAUUUCAAAAAUGUUUUAAUUAUGAAAUGUAAAGUAUAGGUAAUUAAUAUUAGUCAUGAAAUAUUUUUCUCACAUUUGUGUUAUGUCCACGUUUAUAUAUAAGUGUUUUAAAUACAUACUACAAUGUUCAUAAUGUCUGUUUUCAAUUGUUAUAAAUGUUAUAUCUAUUUUCUUGUAACUUUCUCUUUCAAUUGUGUUAUACAGUGAAAGUAACGGAUUUAUAAAUAUAUGAACAUAUGCUGUUGUUCUAAAAAACAUAAGCACAACAACUAUGAUUAAAAAAAAUUGUAAUUAGUUUGUUCCAAAAUUUUUAUUUCAAUUUGUUUGUUAUUAAUAAUUAAGAAGUAGUGAGUGAUGUGAACAUUUUACUCUGUGCUUAUUUCUACUUAUUUUUAGAUUGAAGACAGUAAAGACAACAUAUGUUAAUAUUCACUAUCUACUUUUAGGGCCUACUUUUUUUUUAGUUUGGCUGUUUUAUUAAAGAUAAAUAUUUAACUGUUUAAAAAACAGUUGAUAAAACUUUUGAUUCUAACAUUAUAAGAAAUGUUUUAGUUAAUUUUCUACUCAACAUUGAACAAAGAAAUGGUUUAUGACUUAAUAAGAAAACACUUUGCUAUGCUUAAAUAAUACUUAUUUAUUGCAAGACUCAAAAUAAAAAAAUAUUCCAAUAAUUACAAGCAUCUCUACUUAUUUAAUGUUUAUGUAAUUGAGUGAUUUGGUGUCAACAUAAAAUUCUGAUAUCUUAUGUUUAAAAAUAUUUAUUAAUUUAUAGUUCCAUGUCAUUCUGCAUUAUGCCUAAGAAGUAUACAUACGUUUUAACGAGUUUUACUGAAGCAUUGAAUAGCUAAUAGACCUUAUAUGAUUUUAGUUACCAUCUAAUAAAUUAAUACAGAGUAUUCUGUAAGUAUUCAUCCUGUAGCAAAAUAUGAGAGAUGAACAAAAUUGUUUUGCAUGAGCUCUGAAGAAGCUGUAAAAGCAAAACGUUAUACAAAAUAUAUUCUGAUUUGUUUGGAGUAAACAUAAUUUUUCUUUUGUUCGGUUGUGUGUUUGUUUUAUGAUUAUAAAUUGCAGGUCUACUAGUAUUAUGUUAUUUUAAACAAGUUUUAUUACUUUACCAUUAACUUGUUUUUGUUUUUACCCCAUAUAUAGUACAUUGUUAGCCUAUGUCCUUAGUAAUGUAUGUCGAUGAUAAGACUAUAAAGCCAUUUAAUAGGAAAGAUAUUAAUGGUUGGAUAACCUCCAACCCCUGCAUAUGUUUUGUAAACAUAAACACCAAUGUAUUUUAUAAAGAAUAUUUUACAUUUGAAUAUUGUGAGAGGAUUACAAGUUAGUUUAAUUAAUGCCAUAAACACUUUGUGCAUUUUCAAAAUCUGUUGCUUUGAAAGAUUUUCUUUAUUUCAAGCCCAAAAUUACUAAUGUUCAAUAAGUCCAGGCAAACCAAGAAUGGUACGUUUUCUAGCAUUUAUCUUUUACACAAGGUAUUGAGUAGGGCUGUUUAAAACAAACUAACUACUGUGUUCUAUUAAAAAUGGUAUUGUAAUGUCUACUAGUGGGAAGUAGGAUAGGAUGAUGUGCAGAACUUCAUGAUGUAACUUUGUACCUGUGAUAUGUUUCUAAUGUGGUGCUUCCAAAACAAUACGUCUCACAAUUUUUAUCAAGCAGGGGGUUAAAAGAGAGAAGUAUUUUAUUUGUAGAAUGUGUUCUUAAUAAUCUUGUAUCUGAAAUAGAAUAUCGUCACUUUGAAGAUGUUUUGAAGAAUGUUACACACUUCAGACCAAUUGUGCAACCUUAAUUCGAUGAGGUGUCUAGUGUGCACACAUUAAACAAACCACAGUUAGGAAACUUUCUUGUAAUUGUAUAAUGUUAAUAAAAUAACUAUUCUUAUGUAA